UUCACAGCUGACCGCCCCUCUCCAAGUCCAUCUCUGGCUCUUCAAUGGCACGACUCCUUCUCUCUCUCAUCUUUCUCUCUCUAACCCACCUCUCUUUCUCCACACCCUUCAAUCCCAACCAUCCGAUUUCCCCUCUCUUCGCUGUCAAUGACGUCCACGACCUCCUCCCUCAGUACGGCUUCCCCAGAGGCCUCAUUCCGGCCAAUGCCAAAUCCUACACUCUCGAAGACGACACCGGAUCAUUCACAAUCCAUCUUGAGGCACCAUGUUAUGUUCAAUUUGAUCAGCUGGUCUGGUAUGACAAGAUAAUCAAAGGGAGGUUGACUUAUGGAGCUGUUCAUGAUGUAUCAGGAAUCCAGGCCAAGAAGCUCUUCCUCUGGUUGCCUGUGACUGGGAUUGAGGUUGAUAAGGAUGCAGGCAUGCUUGAGUUCUAUGUUGGGGCUUUGUCUGAGAAAUUGCCUGCUAAGCAGUUCCAGGAAGUUCCUACCUGUAGGGGCAAGGGUUCCUUGCGGACCAAUCUGGCAUCCAUUUGAGGGGAGAAUGCCAACUUGAUACAAAGAGAGUCCCGAGACUCAUCUUAUUCAAAGCUUUCCGAGAAAAAGUCAGAAAACCUUAAAUGCCUACCGAUCAAGAAAUGGAUGCUAUCAAAGGCAAAUUAUGUAAAUCUCAUGGUUUCUAUUAUAUAUAUGUGAAUAAGUUAAGAUAAAUAUUUUCUUUGUAUGUAAUUUGUUAUGGAUUGGGCGUGAAUGCCAAACUCAACCCUCCUCCCCAAGCAUAAUAUAUUUCUGAUCCAAAACACAA